GUUUGUAAACGAAGUAAAUGUAAACAAACAAUAUAUAUCCUCAAAACACGGUUAAGACUAGAAUUGUGAUCUAAUGGACGGUCAGUCCUCGCAUCCAUAGUUGUCUAUGAAUUUGUGAGUAGUUUCACUUCUUCAGUCCAAUCACUCAGCUUUAUAACAGAAACAAGGGCGGGACAACAUUUAGUUACUGUAUCAAGUGCUGAUUGGUGCUUUGAGAGACCCCUAGUGGACAUUGUGUGAAUGUCCAGCAAUAAACUCAUCUCAGUUCAUAACAUCGGGGUGGAUCAGUGCAUCGCGACUGUUGCCAGUUCAAGAUCAAAUGUGGAAAUAUAACUUCAUCUUUAAAGGGUAGAUCGCAAGAUUAAUUACAACGUUUUGACGCCACACUUGAGUGUUGAUAAUGUGUCUCAAGGAAGAAUGAAGAAAGCCAGCGGUUUCCCUGGGUUGAGUUGAACGAUUUUGAGAAGCCGGAGGAGUGUGAUUGUGCGGCAGGAAUCAUCGUCAUGAGCGCAGGCAUGCAGAAACCACCAGUUGCCCCCAAACCAAAGAAUGCCCAGCCACAGAGGCCAGGGCCCUCCCCCUCCUCGACCCCCAAAAGAGAUGGCCUUUUUCAGGCUUCCCUCUGUACACCAAAGACGGUUAAACCAGCUCUGGCCCCUAAACCACCAUGCCUACCCAAACCAUUCCUCACCACUUCUGUGGAGUCCAAACCACCAUGCCUACCCAAACCAUGCCUCAACGCUGCUAUGGAGUACAAACCUCUUUCCUCAAAGACUGUCCAUCACCAUCAGACUUAUUCUCAGAGACCAUCAGAGAUGUCUACAAGUAUAGGUCUUCUGAAGUCCAGGAAUACAAUACCUGAUUGGGAUAAUAUUAUUCCUAUCUGUCUGUGUAGCCAGAAGAACUGUCUGUGUGUUGGGAACAGCAUCACAAUGGACACAGUGAUUAACACGAUUCCUAAAGACUUGAAAACAUUGCAUAACAAUUGCAAAACGGAGGAAUCUAGAAUAAAGCCUGUUCUCAGAUCUCGAUCUGGGGAGAACAAAGGGGUCAACAACAACAAGAGGAAAGCAGUCAACAACGCUCUACCAGACAAUUGCGUACAGGUUGUGUUGCUGUCCACCAAUAACCACCUCUUAAACCCGAAACAGAACCUCAACUCCGACAUUGUGACGCCAUCAUCACGCCCUGACAUAAAGCGCCCUCUUCCUCAGAGAACGCAUAGCAAUGAAGCCAACGGUAACGUCGUCACCACCUCCUCUAAUGCCAUUGGUCACAGAGAACGGGAAGAUCCCACCAGCUCCACAGGGAUUGGCAGAGACACUGGCACAUCCAAUCAGAACCCAGCUGCCCCUAGGAAGCCCCUCCCUGUCCCCGUACCGCGGAAACCCAGGAAGUCUGUUCUGGUUGGACAGGAAGUCCCAGAGGAGGGGAGGCAAGGGAGGGAAAUGACUGUCAGAAAGGUGUCACUGGAGAGGAAAAGCAGCCCAUCUCUGUCUGUCAACGCACCUGCUACUCAGGCACACAACAUCCCAGAAAGUCCUGCCAGUACAAAUGAUAGCUGGGAGGGUCUCCCAUCCUCCAGGACACCCGGCCCGCCACCUGUUCCUGCUCCCCCUCCCAGAAAGGAAGCCUUUCUUUCUGAACCUGAGAGAGCAGCACCGACCUCCUCUGCCACCUCCUCUCAGCACCUCCUCCCCACCUCCUCCCCUCUGCACCUCCUCCCCUCCUCUUCCUGUCUGCACCUCCCUCAGGAUGUAGAGGAGGAAGAGCUGAGAUGGGUGGAUGACGCUGUCUAUGAACUGGAGUGUUCAGUGGACAAGGAAGAGGAGGAGGAAGGGAGGAAUGAAGAGGAGGAGAUCCAUGGUAAGAUUAGUUGUCAUCCUCUCUCAAACAGUCGUUCCAACCAGCUGGAGCUCAGCUCCAACUGCCACUUUCCCCUCACCUUAAUAACCACUGGGAGUUACAAAGAAAACGCGAGUGCUCAAAACAAGAUGGCUGGCUUCCCCAAGAAACUGCAGAGACGCAGCUCCCCAGCAGCGUGGGUACUGAAGAAUGAACUGUCAGAAGAGAGAGAAGUGGAGGAACGAAAGACUUCCGAUAGUGACGAUGAUGGAGGUGCCCUCACCAAGGCCACGAAAGCUAUGAGAAAGCUCCCUGCAACCCCAGGAGAGGAUAAACCAAAAAGGAACAGAAUCUUUCAGACGCUGGUGUCUCCUGUAUCCCGUAAGAGGAGCACGGACAACACACAGACAAAGGGCAGCUUGACAACGGAUGAAACGCUGUCACCGUCCAAGCCGUCUCGCUCCAGCCGGGGGAAACAGAAGGCCAAGUCCUUCUCCUCUGCCGACCUGACCCCCUCUGAGGGACAGAAACAGAACUCUUUCCGGAGGCUUCUCAAUCUGAAACUCUCUGUCAAGAGGCUGCCCAAGCUGGCCAAGGGAGGCCAGUCUCUAGACAGCACUGCAGCUGAGGCAGAACAAUAUGCGGAUUAUGUAUUCCAAGACCGUGGCGUCUGUUUCCAGGAACGCCUGGGCAUUCGGGUGGGGGAUGCCCGCAAGUUCUCCUGUCCCCAACUGGGGGUGAUUGGGGUUGGGGCGGAGCAGAGCGUGGACGGGGAUGAGAUCCACUACCCCGGAGCGGAGCAGGCUGUGGAGUAUGAAAAUGUUCCCUAUUACGAGGCCAUACCUGAGUAUUUUAACCAGCCUGUUGGACUGGGAUUACGGGGGAGUGAGCUGGGGGUGGGUACACCACCGGACCAGUCGGAGUGCCACAACCACCUGUAUGAUGAUGCCGAUAUCUAUGAGGAACAGGAGCCGUACCAUCCCCUGAAGAGACACAGUGAACACAGCAGCACUGAGGAAUUCUUCUAUGAGGAACAGGAGUCGUACCAUCCCCUGAAGAGACGCAGUGAACAGCAACUGAACCAGCACAGCAGCACUGAGAGGAGUUCUAUAGAUGAGGAUGUUGGCCCGCUAGAUGAAGGUCAGUCGGAUGAAGACGUCAUGGUUCAGAGUUCAGAUGAGGAGGAUGAUGAGAGUUCCUCCUCUAGCAAAGGAGAACCUGAGAAGCCUGAGGAGAGGGAGGUUGGCAGUGGUGCCAAGCGGAACAAGAUAGUCCACAUCGCCAGAGAGAUCAUGAGCUCCGAGAAUGUAUUUGUCAACGUCCUGAAGCUUCUCCAUAUCGACUUCCGUGACGCGGUGGCGAAGGCUUCGCGUCCGAGUGGGAAGCCUAUUAUAGAGGAGGCUAUUCUGAACCAGAUCCUGUACUAUCUGCCCCAGCUCUACGAACUGAACCAGGACCUGCUCAGAGAGCUGGAGGACAGGGUCGCCCAGUGGGAUGAACGUGGUCGUCUAGCUGACAUCUUUGUGAAGAAAGGGCCUUAUCUGAAGAUGUAUUCCACAUACAUCAGAGAGUUUGACAAGAAUGUGGCCCUACUAGACGAGCACAGCAGGAAGAAUCCAGCCUUCGCUGCAGUGGUGCGGGAAUUUGAGGCUGGUCCUCGCUGUGCCAGUCUGGCUCUGAGGCAUUACCUGCUGAAGCCUGUUCAGAGGAUCCCUCAGUAUCAGAUGCUGCUCACAGACUACCUGAAGAACCUGUCUCCAGACUCGGCAGAUUACAAAGACACACAAGCUGCUCUGGGCAUCGUGAAGGAGGUGGCCAACCAUGCCAAUGACAUCAUGAAACAGGGGGAUAACUUCCAGAAGCUGAUUCAGGUUCAGUGCCGUCUGAACGGACACCAUGAGAUCGUCCUGCCUGGGAGGGUGUUCCUGAAAGAGGGUGUUCUGAUGAAGCUCUCCAGGAAGGUCAUGCAGCCCAGGAUGUUCUUCCUGUUCAACGACACGUUGCUGUACACCACACCUGUUCAAUCUGGCCAGUUCAAACUCAACAACAUGCUGUCUCUGGCUGGGAUGAAGGUCAGCAAGCCCAGCCAAGAGGCCUUUCAGAAUGAGCUGACCAUUGAGAGUGUGGAACGCUCCUUCAUACUCUCUGGCAGUUCUGCGGUUGAGAGAGAUGAUUGGCUGGAGGCCAUCUCCACAGCGAUCAAUGACUACACCAGGAAGAAGAUUUCCUUCAUCUCCAGCAAGACUCUGGAGGAGACUGGGUCUGAGAACAGUGGCAGUGGGGCCCCUUUGGGUUCUAAGGCCCCUAUCUGGAUCCCAGACCCGAGGGCCACCAUGUGUAUGGUCUGUACCUGUGAGUUCACCCUCACCUGGAGACGACACCACUGCCGAGCCUGUGGAAAGGUGGUGUGCCAGUCCUGCUCCUCCAACAAACACUGUCUGGAGUAUCUGAAGAACCAGCUGGCCAGAGUGUGUGAUCAGUGCUUUAUUGUACUACAGCAGAGAAGUGAAAAGGACCUGUCUGCCACUCUCUCCCCUGGUGGAAAAUCCUCCUUUGCUUUCGCCAGGAAAACGAAGAAGAUCCCUGCUGCCCUCAAGGAGGUGUCAGCGAACACAGACAACUCGUCUAUGAGUGGUUACCUGCAGAGGUCAAAGGGCAAUAAGAAGCAGGGGAAGAGGCUUUGGUUCGUCAUCAAGAACAAAGUCCUGUAUACGUACGCUGCCAGUGAGGACGUGGCAGCGUUAGAGAGCCAGCCAUUGCUGGGCUUCAUGUUGAAAGAGGAGGAAGAAGGGGCAGGACCGCCAGUUCAGAAGCAACAGUUCAAGCUCUAUCACAAAAACACGCUGCAUUACAUUUUCAAGGCAGACGACAGCCAAACUGCCCAAAGGUGGAUAGAUGCGUUCAAGGAAGCUAUGGUGCUCUAACCAUCAUUCUCUGUACCUGCAGUCGAUGAACUGUACCUAAAGCAGUGACGUUACGAAGGUGUGGCCGUGUCACUGUAUGACGAUGUGAAUUUUGUAAUUGUAUUGCAAUACAAUUAAUUAUGUCUCUACUGAAAACCAAUAAGAGCACAGUGGAGGCAUUCAUUGCUGAUGCAAGCAUAAUACCUAUAUCCCCAAAUGAAGGAUUUCUAAGCAAAAAUGAAAUGCACAUUUUUAUUGUUGAUAUGAAGCAGAUUUUUGGGUGGGAUUAUGGCUCAUAGAACACAGGUGGGUCGUUCCAUCAAUUAGGUGCCUUUUUGAGCAGUCUAACGGGGUGAAAUAAAACAUUGGAUUUCACCUCAUUUUAACAUUUUAUCAUGAAGAGCACAUGUUCAACUUCAUAAAAAAAUAAAAAAAAACAUUUUCCAUCUCGAGGUUGAAUAAAAAAUAUACGAUAGUAUAAGUGCAGGUAUACCAAAGUAACAGGGUUGGUGAUUUCAUCUUUAAACAGUCAUAAAUCCCCUUGUGACAGGAGGAUUGGAAGUUUGUUGUGUGCCACAGGGAUGAGCAAUUGAAAGUAAACUUCUGAUUUUUGUUUUAUUUUUUUUGUUAAACAUUUCUAGCCUGUCCAUCUAUGUGUAACAGGGUUGACAUGUUAUGUUCGACCCACUCACUUUUCCACUUAAAAACCCCAGAAAAUGGCCAAGAUUAGUAGAACCAGUUUACCUGCUUAUACACUAUAGUUUGAAUAUUAGAUAUUUAUUUUGCAGAACAAGGAUAAGGAUAAUAAGGAAUAGUUUCACCAUAUUAAAAUGAGAGUUCAGCUCACAAUAACAGGGUUGACAAAAUGAGGGACAGAUGUAAAUUAAUCACGAAUCACAUUAAAAUAAAUACAUUUUCAGAAAUUACUUUGUAAAAGUAACAAACAAUGAUGGUGAAAUCUUGGAUAAAUGUUGGGAUUAAAGUGUGUUAAAAUCUUCAUAGUUGGUCCAAGGAGGGAUUUCAAAAUUCAUCAUUUUUGCACUUUAGCAAGUGUUUUAUUAAAUGAUCCAUGUGCUAUAUAUUAAAGGGCACUUCAAUUUUUAUUUUUAUUUAACUAAGCACGGCACUUAAGAACAAAUUCUUAUUUACAAUGACGGCCUACCCCGGCCAAACCCUAGCCAGGACAAUGCUGGGCCAAUUGUGUGCCGCCAUAUGGGACUCCAAAUCACUUCUGGUUGUGCUACAGCUUGGAAUCGAACCAGGGUCUGUCGUGACGCCUCUAGCACUGAGAUGCAGUGCCUUAGACCGCUGCGCCACUCGGGAGCCCAAAUUAAUAUAACAGGCUUUUAAAAUGCAAUAUUUGGCCGCGAUUUCUACUUAAAAUGUCAGAGACGCAAAAGGCACUUAUUUCGUGGAACAACCCAGGUUGUAAAGUCCUUAUACAUGGUUGAAGACCAUAUUUGGCCUUAUUUUACCAAUUCAAAUGCCUUCAGCCCUGGAGGCUUGCACAUAAGAGCUGUAGAGUUUUGUUACCGACGUGUCAUUGUGUCAUUACUGGUGACAUCUGCAUUUUUUUAGUAUUUACCGUUAAGGUUGAUUGAAUAUCUUAUUUUAAUGCAUUAUGCAGAACAGUCAAAUAAAUGUGUGGUUUUAUCACAGGACUUGUUCUAUGGAAUGUUGUUGAUUCAUUAGACCAUUGCAGUUAUGUCAUCAAGGGGGGGGGGGGGAGACAACGUGAGCAUAAUUCACACCAUUACAGCUUUAUCUCAGACACUGCAUUGAGUAGUCCAGACAUGUCUGUUUGUUUACGGCACCUGAAAAACAUUCAUUCAUUUGUGUGUGGGGGGGAAUUCACUCAUGAACACAUGGGCCUUUGCACUUGUUCUGUGGGAAUGAAUAAAUCAAAACCCAACAGUUUACCUCUCAAUAUUCCUUUAUUAGGCACUAGAGCACUCAAUCCUAGUUAUGAAACUCUAAAAUGUUGCUAUCAUGGAUACUGAUUUUAAAUAGAAUAUUAAAUAAAUCAGGUUUACAUGUAUUUUAUAUUUACUGGUCUGAUUACCCUUUUCUGCACUAUGUGCCUAUUUUAAUAAACACUUGUCGUAUUUCGCUGUCUCAUCUCUUAUGCCAUCCACAGUAGGCUAACGCGACAGAAUUGUGGGCCUGGGACAGAAUUCCUGUCUUGUUUUUACUGACGGUGCAAACUAGGCUAUUGGUUUAAAGAAAAUCUCAGAGAUCUCAAAUUGUGGGAAGGAUACUGUAGUUUGCAGGCCUAAGUGAUUAGUAUCAAGUUCUGAAUAAUCUCUCUGAUUACCCGUUACUUUGAACAGUUCUCCUCCUCCUCACCUUUUUCCUUCGCUUGUGUACUUCAGUGCACAACACAACAGCUGUCUGUGACCAGGCGAAAAAACUUUUCCAAGCUAAAACUUCAUACCAUAACUGCUAACCGCUACACACAGGCUACAUCGUUGUCACCAUAAUUAGCUAACAUCAUUGUC